UUUUUUACUGCUCGGGGGAGAUGUGACCGGGACCAGAGAGCGACUCGCUGAAACGAACCUCGGGCCAAUCAGCUGCAGCGAUGGGGGGAGCGGUGAGCGCCGGGCAGGACAACGAUGAGUUAAUCGACAACCUGAAGGAGGCUCAGUACAUUCGCACGGAGGCGGUGGAAAGGGCUUUCCGGGCCAUCGACCGCUCCGAGUAUUACCUGGAGGAGUUCAAGCAGAACGCGUACCGGGACUUGGCCUGGAAACACGGCAACAUCCACCUGUCGGCCCCCUGUAUCUACUCCGAGGUGAUGGAGGCCCUCGACCUGCAGCCGGGACUGUCCUUCCUAAACCUGGGCAGCGGCACGGGCUACCUCAGCACCAUGGCCGGACUCAUCCUGGGACCCUUUGGCACCAAUCACGGAGUAGAAAUCCACACCGACGUAAUCGAAUACGCCAAGGAGAAGCUGGACCUGUUUGUGCGCACCAGCGACAGCUUCGACAGAUUUGAUUUCUGUGAACCUUCCUUUGUUGCCGGGAACUGCCUGGACAUCGCUCUGGACGCUACGUACGACCGCGUGUACUGCGGCGCCGGGGUGCAGAAGGAGCACAAGGAGUAUAUGAAGAACCUGAUCAAGGUGGGCGGGAUCCUCGUGCUGCCAUUGGAGGAAAAGCUGACCAAGAUCACUCGCACGGGGCCCUCCUCCUGGGAAACCAAAAAGAUCCUGGCCGUGUCCUUCGCUCCCCUCAUCCAACCGGAAACGGCCGACGCCUCCAAGGCCAAGAACCUGCGGCUGCCGCUGCCCAAUAUCCGCUCCCUGCAGGAUCUCGCCCGCAUCACUAUCAGGGGGCACAUUAAACGGCUGAUAAGCCAAGUGCCCAGCAGCCGGGGGGAGGGGGUGCUGAGGAACCCCCCGCGCUACAAGAGGAAGCGGCUGCGCCGGCGCCCCCUACAGACGGUGGUUUACCUGGAGGAGGGGGGCUUCGCGUGCCGGAUACAGAAUUCCUUCGAUGACAAUAACAACUGUGAGGACGGCGAGGAGGACGCGGCGGAGAAGGGGGAGCAGGGGGUUAGCGAGACCAAGCCGGAACCCCCCGUUAACUUUCUGCGGGAGAAGAUUCUGUGCCUCCCCCUGCCUGUGCCCCUCAAAUACUACCUGCUGUAUUACAGAGAGAAGUGAGGGCCGUGGGCAGUCUGGGGGGCAAUUAGAGCAGCACAUUGGCAGUGCCCACUGCCCCGGGGCAUUAACGCUGCUUCUGGCUUUUCCUUAUUCCUCCUCUUGCUGAACCCUGCUGCUUGCACUCACAACUCUGGGCGUCACGUGACUUGCAGAGGAUGGAAUAUCGGGGAUUUUGAUUGGGACACUGGAUCCAACUGGGUUUUCCCAGCCGACCCAAUGAUGUGCCUGUAUUGGACUGUAUUGGAGACUGUCCCGCUGCUUUGCCCGACCCCAGGGGUGUCGUCAGUAGACCCUGCAUGUAAACUCCAGGCUGGUCCGGUCCGGUUGGGAGGUUGGUAUCCUGGGGAAACUGGGCCCAGCAGCCAACAGUGAUGGUUCUGUCUCAGCAUUUCCCUUUGUUUCACUCAUUUACAGUAACUUUACCCUCUGGUUCUGGUUUGGAGUUUGUGCGUGAUUCUUUGGUGAAGGGAAAUAAACUGACAUUUUGGGCCCCUCCUUCCAAAAUCCGGCACUUAGUCCUGUAAUUCUGGGUUCCGCCCACUCCUGGGGUUCCGGUGUGAGGGCUCAGUGGUCUAGAAUGUUUGGGGGACCCCCUGCUAUUCUGUGUUGUGCCUUAUUUAUGGUUUGUGGGGGGGGGCAGUCCGGAUUGUUCUUCAAAACAGGCAUUUCAGGGGCCCAAACAGCCCCCCAUGGGCCCAAUAAACAGUCACUGUCUAAAGCAUCUUACAGCAGUCAGAACCCCCAGAUUCCCUGUCCGGGCCUGGGGGGGGGUCUCGGAAUUUCCUAGGACAUUUAUUUAUCAGCCUGUAGGAAGCGGGCCAAACCCCACCGGCGCCUCAUGCUCCGACGUUGCUAUAGCAACCUGAUGCCCCACAGGCACUCGUUCUGCCCCCCAAAAGCAGAUUCCUAUUCCAGCCCCCCAAUAAAGAUGUAACAUGAAACUGGAGCCUCGCUCAGGCUGUUACUUUCCUUUCAAUAUAUUUAUAUAAAUCUAUAACUGUGUGUGAAAUAUAAUAUAUAUUUGUCUAGUUUGUAGUUGUGUCCAACGUAAAUAAACAGCCAUUUUUUUUUUCAUAG